UCAUUAUUGAAUCUUCGAGUGCAAUCUCAAGAGAGGAAAAAGAAACAAGACAAAAGGAAAAUGGCGUCUAAUGAAGCUCCCAUUCAGAUUCUCCUUGUAUCUUAUCCUUCAUACGGACAUAUAAACUCUCUUCUUAAACUAGGGAAGUGUCUUGCUGCAAAGGGUUCUUCUGUCAUCUUCACCACAACGCAGAAAGCUGGCAAAGACAUGGAAACUGCUAACAACAUAACUAACAAAACAACCACUCCAAUCGGUAAGGGUUUCCUCACUUUUGAUUUAUUUGACGAUGGUUUGAAAGACGAUGAUCCCAUGAGAACAAGUCUUGGUGACUACACAUCACAGCUUGAGCAUGUCGGGAAACUAUAUGUUUCCCAAUUGAUCAAAAAUCAUGCUGAGUCAAAAACACCAAUUUCUUGCAUCAUAAACAACAUUUUCAUUUCAUGGGUUUGUGAUGUAGCCACAGAACACAAAAUUCCUUUUGCUAUUUUGUUUAAUGAAUCUAGUGCUGUUUUCACUUGUUACUAUAACUAUUUCCACAAACUGGUGCCUUUCCCUUCAAAAACAGAACCUUGUAUUGAUGUUCAAUUGCCUUCUGUAGUCCUUAAACACAGUGAAAUUCCUGUUCUUCUGCAUCCUUCUAAUACAUAUCCCUUUCUAGGCCCACUCAUUUUAGGACAAAUUAAGAAUUUGUCUAAAGCAUUGUGUGUAUUUGUGGAUACCUAUGAAGAACUAGAGCCUGAUUUUAUCGAUUAUAUUUCGGAAAAGUCAAUCAUCAUAAGACCAAUUGGUCCGGUGUUCAACAACCCAAACAUAAUAGGUGCAAGUAAUAUUCGUCGUGAUUUUGUUAAGACUGAUGAUUCUACUAUUAUAGAGUGGCUAAACUCAAAGCCAAAAGGUUCUGUGGUUUAUGUUUCCUUUGGGACUAUUGUGCAACUUCCUCCAGAACAAGUGAAUGAAAUUGCAUAUGGGUUAUUGAAUUCUCAAGUCACAUUUUUAUGGGCAAAGAAAAAGCAUGAUGAUUUGCCUCAUGGAUUUUUGGAGGAAACAAGUGGGAGAGGAAAAGUAGUGAAAUGGAGUCCACAAGAACAAGUACUUGCUCAUCCUUCAGUGGCAUGUUUCAUAACCCAUUGUGGUUGGAAUUCAACGAUUGAAUCACUUGCUUCAGGAGUUCCAGUGUUAACAUUUCCAGUAUUUGGUGACCAACCUACAAAUGCAAAGUUCUUGGUAGAUGUUUUUGGUGUAGGGAUUAGAUUGGGUUAUAGUGGAGCUGAAAACAGAUUGAUAACAAGAGAUGAGGUGAAGAAGUGCUUGUUGGAAGCUACAACAGGGGAAAAAGCAGAGGAGUUGAAGAAAAAUGCAAUCAAGUGGAAGAAGGCAGCGGAGGAUGCAGUUGCCGUAGGUGGAUCCUCCGACCGAUAUCUUGAUGCAUUUAUCGAAGAAGUUGCGAAACAAGGCGCUGUUAAUUUUCAGAAGAUAUGAUAAACUACCCAUAGGGGAAACAAUUUCACCCAAGUGCUAUCCUAGGGGAUAAUAAAUUUAGGUAUGAAAAUUCCAAAAAGAGAAAGUACUCUGCUUAUUAGGUGGAGAGCUCAUGUAGUAGUUUUUUUAAUGUAGUAGUUAUUUUAUUAGAAGCAUAAAGUAAUAAAUAAUUUGAUAUGUUUUUGGAGUGAA